GGACCCGGACAUCCGAGAGCGGCUCAGCUCCACUUUCUCUUCCCCGCAGGGCCCGGGAGCCGGCGGGCAACGGGCUGUGACCGAAUUGCCCCCCACGCCCGCGGACCGAGGGGGCUCCCGGAACAGACCAUCGAUGCCGACGCGCCUGCUCAGGGCGGUGGGCUGGAGCUCAGCGGCCCUGCUCGGAGUGCUGGGGGUGGCCGUCUUCCUCCUGGUCCUGACCCCGGCAAAGGAUGCUGCCCUUCCUAUGAGGAACAAAUACGGGCUGGUGUUUGACGCCGGCUCCACACACACGUCCCUCUACACCUACCGGUGGCCCGCGGACAAGGAGAACGGCACCGGCAUCGUGUCCCAGGUGGAUGUUUGCACCGUGGCAGGACCCGGCAUCUCCAGCUACGCAGACGACCCCGCGGGGGCUGGUGCCAGCCUGAAGCCCUGCCUGGACCAGGCCUUGAAGAUCGUGCCGGCGGAGCAGCAGCGGGAGACCCCCACCUACCUGGGGGCCACGGCCGGCAUGCGGCUGCUGAGGGAGCAGAACAGCACCAAGGCCGAGCAGGUCUUUGCUGAGGUGGCCAAGGUGAUUGAGGAGUACCCUGUGGACUUCCGUGGAGCUCGGAUCCUGACGGGCACAGAGGAGGGCUCCUUCGGCUGGAUCACCGUCAACUACCUGCUGGAGACACUCGUCAAGUUUUCCUUUGCAGAGAAAUGGGAACAUCCAGAGGACACCGAGGUUCUGGGAGCUCUGGACCUUGGAGGUGCCUCGACACAAAUAACCUUCCAGCCCGGAGUGCCCGUGGAGGACAGGAACGCUUCGGUCUUCUUCCGCCUGUACGGCACCAACUACUCUCUCUACAGCCACAGCUACCUGUGCUAUGGGAAGACACAGGCCCUGAAGAUGCUACUGGCAGCUCUGCACCAGGACAGCAUGACUGCCCAGAUCUCACACCCCUGCUACCCCAUGGGGUACCAGGAGAAUGUCACCGUGGCAGAGCUCUACGACAGCCCGUGUGUGCGUGCCCCCAGCACAGCCAGCCCUGCCCAGGUGCUGACGGUGACGGGCACAGGGGACCCAGCCAGGUGCAGCACAGCCGUGCAGAAACUCUUCAACUUCAGCUGUGGGGCCCAGAGGCCGUGCGGGUUCAACGGGGUGUACCAGCCCCCCGUGCGGGGACAGUUCUUUGCCUUUUCUGGGUUUUAUCAUGCCUUUCUCUUGCUGAACCUGACGGGAGGGCAGUCCCUGGCCUCGGUCAAUGCCACCAUCAGGCAGUUCUGCGCCAGGACCUGGGACAAGGUGCAGAAGUUGUUCCCCACAACAAGCAGGACCCAUCUCCGUGACGCCUGCGGAGUCAACUCCUACAUCCUCACCCUUCUCCUGCAGGGCUACAAAUUCAACCAGAAAACAUGGCUUAACAUCCACUUCAUCCGACAGGUAGCUGACAUAGACGUAGGCUGGACUCUGGGCUACAUGCUCAAUCUCACCAACAUGAUUCCCUCGGAGCCUCCUCCAGGAGUCAUAGUGCUCCAGAGAAAGAGCUGGAUAGCAGUCACAGUUUUACUGGCCAUCAUGCUCAUCCUCACCUUCUGCCUGCUCACAGUCAUGUGCCUCCAGAGGAAUUCCUCUGGCUAUGAGCGUCUCUAGCGCUGGCUCCGGAGGCUGCUGAGGCCACCAAGUUCCACUGCCACACCUGUGCAAGGAGCUGCUCCCCAGGGAAUCACCCCUGUGUGCCCUGGGGCCAUGGAUUUGUUGUGGGGGGCCCUGAGCCCUGGCCUGGUGAGCUGGAACUGGCAUAUGCUGUAAGACAUCCUCCCCGUAGCUGUUUGCUCUCUGGUUUUCCUUUCCCCGCCAUGCUGGUUGGAGAUGCUCCAGGAGGGAGGGUAUGGCUAUGCGGGGCAGGGGCUCAGCACUGUGGCAUGGGGACCACAGUGAUGUGGGGUGGCUCAAGACUGGGGGUCAGGGAGGAGAGAAGGAGGGUCUGGCAGCAGUGGGGUCAUCACAGGGCUGGUUACAGCCCCCAGGAGAUACCCCGUGUGGGGCAGACGUGUCCUGCCCCAUCCCAGGGCGAGGCACAGGG